AAAUUCUAUUUCAUUCGGCUUCAAUAAUGCCGGCUUCGGAUUUUGUGUGUAUGUUAUAUACUCUGGAUGCAUAUAAUGUUGUAUACUGCAAUUACAAAUUGGCAUUUUUAGCUGGACUUGUCGGCCGACGGGAUCAAAUGUUUCUGAAGAAUUGCAGAGCUUCUGAUACGGAUUCCAGUCAAAUCUGUUGCUUUUAGCGUCACCUGACUCGGGAUAUAAUCGGGGUAAAAUCAGCGGUUGGUGAUAUAUAGAAAUGGCAGGAUUGGUGGUUGCUUGGCACUUGCCUGUCCUCCGUGUAAGGGAAAAUUAUGGCCCGAAGGGGAUGAUUUGUACUAACAACUAUAGUAGUUUUGGCGGGCCAAAAUUAGAAAAUGUGCCAGGACAUAGAAAAAGUUUAAGUUUAGCUGUAGCAGGAUUGGCUUGUGAAGAAAGGAGACAUGGUGCGGUCAAUAUGUCUCCUUCUAUUGCUCCCGUGAUUGAUAGAUGGCUCUGGAUUCCUGGGGUAAGAAGUUGUCAAUUGAAGCCCUUUCAACAGUCUAGGGCAAUUGGUGUUUAUGCACUGUCAAUGGAAAAGACAACACAAGCCUUUCUACCAAAUGACAGAAAGGCAAAGUCUGGAAGAGGGUAUUAUGUAAGAUGCAGUGGUUUGAGCACAAUACCCAGACCUCCACCCAAUAGAGCAGAUGAUCCUUCGUUGGCCAAUCCUUUACAACGGAUGCAGCGUAUGGGUUGUGGUUGGUUUUCGGUGAUCAUGGAGUGGGAGGGGGUGAUAGUUGAAGAUGAUUCUGACUUGGAAAACAAGUCAUGGUUAGCUCUUGCAGAGGAGGAAGGUCAAAGACCUCCACAGGCUUACAUCUUAAAGAGGGUGGAAGGGAUGAAAAGUGAACAUGCUAUAUCUGAGGUGCUCUGCUGGUCAAGGGAUCCCGUGCAAGUGAGAAAAUUGGCUGCCAGGAGAGAGGAAUUAUAUCAGAAAAUGCAGGGUGGUGUUCAAAGGCUUCGACCUGGCUCUUAUGAUCUUGUGGUGACAUUGAAGGAUUAUAAUACACCAAUUGCGAUUGCCUCCACAAGGCCAAGAGAGUAUUUGGAAGCAGCAAUUGAAUCUGUUGGCAUGCAGGGGUUCUUCAAUGUUGUUGUGGCAGCAGAAGAUGUGUGUAGGGGUAAACCGGAUCCAGAGAUGUUCAUGUAUGCAGCACAACUACUAAAAUUCAUAUCAGAGCGGUGCAUUGUUUUUGGGAACUCAAAUACAAGCGUGGAAGCAGCCCAUGAUAUUUGUAUGAAGUGUGUUGCUGUUGCAGGGAAACAUCCUGUGUAUGAACUUGGAGCAGCAGAUUUGGUGGUGAGAAGAUUGGAUGAGCUAUCAAUUGUUGACCUCAAGAACUUGGCUGAUAUUGAUUCCCCUGAGUUCCAACCGCCAGAACCAGAGCCAGAGCCAGAGCUGGAACCUGAAGUGCCACUGAAUGCCAGACGUCGUUCUGUUGCUACUGAAGACAGUUGGUAGGCUUUUCAUAGCUUUAUUGCAAUCUUCUAUAGCCUGAUAAGUCUCACAUUAUUGUUUUAAGGGUCAUUCUUUUUAACUUCUUUUGACCCUGAUAGUGUAAAAUGGUAGGGAUAGGUAUGCACAAUUUCUUUGUGCUUGGGUGGCUCUGUCAUUUGUAAAUAGAGGAAGGAAAUUAUCUCUUUCCGGCUUCCUUCUAUUACUGUCUGUAAUAUACUGUUAUCAAAGGAUUCUAAUCCAACUGUUUAUAGUACCA